GGGAGCCUGAAAGCAAACCUCUCCAAUCCCCCAACUACUGAUUACUGCAAGCCACAGAUGCAAUCGUCUGACUUAUUUGAAGCAGGAUUCACCGCUGUUGUCCGUCCAUAGACUUUCUAGAUUCGCCGUCACGCUGCUUUCUCAGGUCGUUUCCAUCAGUAGUCGUUCUACACGUUCUUUCUGUGCUCAAGCUGAGGUUGUCGUCGGAUUCGAAGUGUUUUCAGCAAGAGAUAAGUUAGGACUCAGGAAUUGCGAGAGUCUCGUCGUUCUAUAGCUGUAUCUCACGGAGUACUUCUGUAACAGAGUGGUCCUAUGCUGAAGUAAAGCCUGACUGGAAUAAUAAGCUGACCAACGAAACUCAGUCAGGCGUUCCUCGCCUCCGAAGGUCCAUGUGAAUGGGUGUCAUGGCUGCCUCGUCUUCGUCUUCGAGCUCCAAGCCUCCUCUCUCCCCAUCCUCCUCGGCCUUAGAUCUCAGUCGCCUGUCGUACGCGUUAUCGAGUCCAGACACUCUCGGUCAGUCGCUCGAAUUCAAGCAAGACCUCCCGUCGCCGUUGCCGGUUCAGGCCGUCAGUUCGGCUCCGGCAACCGGAGGGGGGUUGUCCGUGAAGCAGUCGCUCUGUCAGGCGGUUCUGCGGAUCGUUUUGGAGAAUGUUCAGAGGGACGGACAUAGCAGGGAGAUUCAGGAGUCGGUGUCUAAGCACUUCGCAUCGCUGCCGUCAAGGUACGCCCUGAGCGUCAACCCCCAGCGCCAUGAGGACGUGCUUCUGCACAUGCACCUCAUCAACGAGGCUCGGACCCUCAACCAAACCGACCCGGACCAAGGCCCGGUUGUCCGGGUCCGCCGGGUCUGCCUCGGCCGAGCCAAGUCAUCAGCUCUGGCAAGCGGGGGGAACGCGGCGGACGUUCUGAGUUCCCCCAGGAGGAGGCACAGCACGGACCUCGGGAGCAACAGCCCGGCCGGAAGAAGCCUGGAGGGUUCCCAGAAGGGAGCGGUUUCCGCUGCUGUAACAGCGGCUAGCGGGGGUGCUGCUGCUCUCUCUUCUGGUUCUGGAGCAUCAGGGUUAGCAUCAGGCUUGCCAGCAUCAGGAGCAUCAGCAGCAUCAGGGGCGUUUGGAGCAUCAGGAGCGUUUCCAGGAGCAUCAGGACCGUCGGGGUCCGGGUCACAGCCACAGCUCCACGGGGCCCCUCCCGCCCCUCGCAGGAGCAUCCCCUGUCCCGGAACCCUGUCUAGAAGCAUCCCCCAGCCCACGUUCGGCUCCUCCGCACCCAACUGCUUCAGCCUAAGCGGCCUAGGCUCCUCUGCAGCCGACUUGAACCAAGCCCCUCCCUCCUCCGGCCGCAAAUCCGGGUCGCUUACUGGGCGGUCGCCCCUAGGCUCUAGCAGCAUCGGCAAUACCAAGGGCAGCAGCAGCCAAUUCUCCCUAGCUGCGACGCUAAGAGAAGGCGUGCCGUUUUCAUCAGCGUCGGAUCUGCGAGGCGACGCAAUGGGAGGGCUGGGGAGCGCGGGAGGGGUGGGCAGCGCGGGAGGGUUCCUGGUGGGAUCGAGGGGGUCGGCGUCGAGUCUGGGCACGGAUGUGGACGAGGAUGAUAGCCGCAGUGGCGGUUCGAGCUGGCACGGGCCGGGUGGGGUGGAAGGGGCGGAGGGCGAUGGGUAUGUGUAUGGGUGGGAGGUGUCGAUCGCAGCGCCGGAUAGACCGGGACUGCUCACGUGGUUCACGUCCGCGCUGGCGAAUUCCGACUUAGAGCUCAAUAUCAAUGAGGCUCAUGUGUUCAGCACGUCGGAUGGCAUGGCGCUACAAGACUUCGUGGUCACCUCGCCAAAGCACCACCACAGCUUCUACGCCAAUGAGGCGGAGCUGCAGGACGCGCUGUCACACGUGCUGCGGAACAAGUGGAGAGAACGAGACGUCAAGCAGGCGUCGGAGCAAAUGCAGCUGGCGAAUCUAAAAGCAAUAGUGGAGGCCAUGGCAUAUGAGGACUGGGCAGUGGACUACCAUGAUCUGUGUAUAGGCGAGAGGCUGGGCGGGGGAGCAUCAGGGAGGCUGUGCAGAGGCACGUACAGAGGGCAGGACGUGGCAGUCAAGGUCAUGACGCUCGCUGCACCAGAGGAUAUGGCUGGCGCUGGGGGAGGGGGAAGGGGAGGGCCGGCAGGAGUGGGGGAUGCGGGGAUGUCGGUGUCUAUGAGAAGCGCCACUGCGCUGGAGCUGCUGCAGUGCUUUAAACAAGAGGUCGCUAUAAUGAGGAUGGUGCGGCACAAGAACCUAGUGCAGUUCAUUGGAGCGUGCUCCCACUGGCCGCGACUCUUCAUCGUCACCGAGCUCAUGGCACGGGGAAGUGUGCGGGAUGUGUUGGACCAGAGGGGGUGCGGGCUGCCACUGCCAGUGGCACUGAAGAUCCUCAGGGACGCGGCACGGGGGCUGGACUUCCUGCACCGAAGGGGCAUUGUGCACCGCGACUUGAAGGCUGCUAACCUGCUGGUGGACGAGAACGAUGUGGUGAAGCUGUGUGACUUCGGGGUGGCAAGAUUAUUGCCAUCGAAGCAGGCGGGGCAGCUGUGUGGGGAGCCAACUGCCAAGUCACGACCCGACAUGACAGCAGAGACAGGCACCUACCGUUGGAUGGCACCUGAGGUGAUGGAGCACCAGCCAUACGACCAUCGAGCCGAUAUCUUCUCAUUCGGUGUCACCAUGUGGGAGGUGAUCACAGGCGACCUUCCCUAUACCGGCCUCACUCCUCUUCAAGCAGCCAUAGGAGUUUUGCAAAGAAACCUCCGGCCUCCUCUCCCUCCUGGCCUGCCGUCUCGCAUCAGCAGUGUCAUCACGCGCUGCUGGGCUGCCGAUCCUGCUGCCAGGCCUGAGUUUACCGAGAUCCUCUCAACUUUGGACGGCUGCUUGAAAGGUGUCCCUUCAUCGUCGCUUGUGCUUGGCUCGGCGAUCGGAACCGGAGAAAGCAGCAGUGGCAGCAGUGGAGGUUCUCUGGGGCACCUCAUCCGAAAAUCCAUUUUUGGUGGUGGUGGAUCAAAGAAGUAUUGAAGCGAGAUCAGAUAGCAAGGGAAUGGAGGUUGUGCGAGAAGUUAGCGUGUUGGGUACACAGCCAGGGCACUAUUGCGUGUUUCCCUCAGUUUUGCUGGUUUGUGCUGCUUGUGUUUUUAAGUGCGAUGUAACUUAGUAUCUUUCCACUGUAAAAUCAUGUAGCAAGCCUGUAAAGUUGUAGGAACUGGGCGGGUUGAUUGAGACUGUACUCGCCUCUGUAGUCAAAU